ACCUUCGUGUUGAUGUACUAUUUUGGAGCCCUCUAUUUUACGCGAACUCUAGGCCAAGCCAAAAUUUUAACGAUAACAGAAAUCUCAGGCCAUUUUUCCAUUGCAACCCAGACUUAGUUCAAUGCAAUCGUGAACUGGUAAACAGCAAUAAGCGCUCCUUAAAACUUUUCUAUUUUGUACAUUUUAAAUUUCAGUGCAUGCAUGUGUGUUUUAUAAUAUUUAAUUGUUACUUGCUUAAUUUUAAGGAUGAGUCAAAUGAUGCGUACAAUCCAGAGUCCCAAAAUGUGAGCGAAGACCUUGACUCUGAGAACGACGAGGAGCUUGUUAAGCCGUUACGGAAACAAAAGAAGAGAGAACGCCUGGAUGACGAAGAUAUGGCCAAACCUGACGAUUUUGUUCCGUCCAGAAGAUUUGGGAGAAAAACAUACUUGGCCCUAACAAAUAUUUUUCGUGAUAUCGUCGUUCGUGCUGAUUACGCAAACGAGUAUAAUAUGAAGUCGUUCGCUAUUUCAGAGCUACAUGACAAAUUGGCAGUAUCUGACCAUCCGUGGCUUGACAACAUAAAGAAAAUGAACGUCAAUGAUUUGAAGUACUGUGUGCAUACGCUGCGCAAUAAAUUUAGAAGUGCAAACGCUAAAACGUUGAGAAAAUGGGGAAAAUGGUGCGAGGAUGUUGAAUCAUUUUAUAGGCAACAACAAACCGUUUAAAGGUGUAUACCAAUGAUCUUUCGUGAAGACAAUUUUUUUACGGUACCUUCCUGUUAUUUUAAUAUUUAUUUCUAGUUGUUACUUUAACGUGAGUAAUUUUAAAGAUAGGUUCUAGUUCUUCCUUUAUUUUGCAAAGGAUUUGGUGCGCAGAACGAUUUGCGAAAGAUAGAUCUUGCAAAGUUUGAUGAAAUUUGAAACUUGAGUGACUCGAUAAAAUAGCUAAUGUUUGCAAAAAAAAUUGACAUCAUGGAAAUGCGUUAGAAUCCAUAUACACAAAAACCCCGGAAUAAUCAUCAUAAUCAGUGCUUCUUGUUUAUAGAUGGGGCGGCUUACGAAAAUUUGAGGAAUUUACAUGGCACAUAUUCAAAAGCGUUGGGUGCUAAUUCGAAUCACUAGAGCCGGCCUCCUCUUACAACCGCAAUCACGGCGAUCUAUUGUUUUUAUUUAGCAAAAAGCGAAAGCCAGCGCGCAUAUUUUGUACGUCUGGAAGUGAAAGUUGUUUCAACUCUUGCGUCGAGACGCUGUCGUGACACCAAUCAAAAUAAACAAAAAUUCCCUAAAUCUUAAUUUAACAUUGAUCGCUGUGAUCGCGCGUGUAAGUGGGGGCCGGCCUUUACUUUAUUUGACGGCUGAUGUUAUUUUAGUGGUGUUGAAUUUUCCAUUUAACAGUUAAUGGAUAAAUCAAAGUA